AUGAAGCGAUCUCGUGAUAAUGAUGAUGAAGGUAUUGUUUUGGCAGAUUCUUAUCUCGAGCAACAUACUGAUGAAUUUAAAGUCGGAAUUGAACAUAUACUAAAGGUAGAUCCAAGUUUAAAAGGUAUAAUUGAGCAUAGUUUGUUUACCAUGUUUGCUAAAACAAAUGUAGUGGAAGGUUCUAUGAAACUCUACUUUGAUAAGCUAUGCAGUAGCAUUAUUGCCCAACAAAUUAGUGGUAUUGCCGCUAAGAAUAUUCGAGGUAGAAUAGUGGAUAUGUUUGGCAAUGACGGAAAAUUCCCAAGUUAUCAGAGGUUGCAUAAAACCUUUAAGGACCCUGUUGAGAAACAAGCACUAAAGGAUUGUGGAUUAUCUCAAAGAAAGCUUUCCUAUAUUGAGUCAUUAGUUGAGUAUUUCUACAAGGAAGAAAGCUCGAUUGAGGAGUUAUUCAAGAAUGGUGACGAUGAGCAUAUAAUAGAGGAGCUGGUGACGCAUAUUAAAGGUAUAGGUCCUUGGUCUGCUAAAAUGUUUUUAAUAACAGCACUAAGGCGUAUGGACAUUUUUGCUCCAGAAGAUUUAGGUAUUGCGAGAGGAUGCUCCAAAUAUUUGGAAGAGAGGCCUGACAUUUUGGUUAAACUACAGAGUAAACGAACUCGAAUCAGGAAGUCCAAAAUAAAACACAAGAGUUUUAAAUGGAAAAUUCAUGAUGAGGAUAUUAUUGAUCUUUGUGGGGAUCUAUUUAUGCCAUAUAGAACGCUGUUCAUGUUUAUUCUUUGGAGGAUGUCAGAUACAAAUAUGGACGUUGUGAUCAAGAACGAAAAGGACUUCGUUUCAAGAUAG